ACGCACGAUCCGGGGUGAUAGAGUGUCCGCGCGGUUACCACCGGGCGCGUUUACUCUUCCAUGAAAUGCGAGGAAAUUUGUUUGCACGUUCGUAAUACUCGCCGCCUGAGCCUCGACUUCCGUGUCGAUACGUUCGAAUCCAGUGUCCACCAGCCAGACUCAUCUAAAUGCCGGCCCGAGUCAAUGCGCGCCCGGGCCCGAUCGCGAAGCCGCCAUCCCAACACAUCAUUAAGAUUUUAUAUCGAAUGAAUUUGACAUUAUGUCAAAUACUGUGAAGUAUACGGUUAAAGAAUCUCGUGGCAAUAAAACUUUUAACUUUCCAAAUUUUACUAACUGUCAGAAUGCUAUAAAUGGUACACUUGGAAAGUCUACUGUGAAAAAUCUUAUUGAAAAACGAAAACUUAAAUCAACAAAAAAUAUUAUUAAAAUGGCCGAUUUUAAUAACACUGAAAUUAUUACGGUUUCUCCAGAGUUCUUAGAUGACAGUUCUUUAGAAUAUAUGAUAAAAGAUGAACCAAUGUCAGAUUCUAGUUAUGAUGAUUUAGAAGUGCUUGAUGAAUACCAAGAUAAUCCUGAAGUUAUUGUUGUUUGUGGUAAUGAUAUGGAUAAAUCAAGUGAUAGUGAUUUAGAAUACAUAGAAGAUAUUAAACAUGAAGAACAUGGUAAAGUUAAAUUACAUAAUGAUAUCAACUCUUCUGAUGUUGUUGUACGGACAGAUAUUUUGAAUGAUUUAUUAGAAGGGCGCAUGACCAAAACUACUAAAAAACUCCUUGAAUCCACCAAGAUUUCCUAUUUACCUAUGCAACUAACUCAGAACGAAUUUCGUUCUACGUAUUCCAUAGACAAAAGUCCAUUUAAAGUCAGACCUAUUAAAGCUAAUAAAGGUUUAAGACAUUUCUCCAAAAGGGUAUGUGAUAAAGUUAAAACUAAAAUGGUUACUACCUAUAAAGAAGUAGCUGAUGAACUAGUUGCAGAAUGUGUUGGUAACAAUGAUAGCCCAACAUUUUUGUAUGAUCAAAAAAAUAUUAGACGUCGUGUAUAUGAUGCCUUGAAUGUAUUGAUGGCUCUUGACAUAAUUGCCAAGAACAAAAAAGAUAUAACUUGGAAAGGUUUACCAACUGGGUCUAUACAAAAUAGUGUUUAUCUUGUCCAAGAAAAAGAAAACCGUCUCAACAGUGUGAAAAGAAAACUUUUAGCUCUACAAGAAAUUAUUAUGCAAGAGGUAGCUAUUAAACGUUUAGUAAAACGCAAUCAAGAUAUGGAAACUGAAUUUGGCCCUCCACCUAAAAAUACGUUUGUCAAUCUUCCUUUUAUGGCUAUCAGCUCAAAUGAAGAUACAGCUGUUGAAGUUGAAAUAUCAGAAGACCAAAAACAAUAUGGGUUGAAUUUUAAUGAUAAAUUCAGUGUAGUUGACGACACUGAGUUAUUGAAAUCCAUGGGUUUUACUUUAGGAUUGGAUCGUGGUGAAGUAAAUAAUGAAGAUUUAAAGAUUUUGAAAACAUUAGUACCCAAAGCUUUUGAGAAACAUAUUGUUAUGAUGGCUACUAAAAAUGGAGAAAUGUUUAAUGAUAUAUGCAAAGAAUUUGAUGAAAAAAUGAAGUCAGCUGAAAUUGAACAAACAUCAUCUAGACCUAAUAUUAUCAAUAGAAGAAGAAAUAAAAGAUAGUUAAAGUAUAUUUAUUUCUACUAUUUUGUCAUCAUGAGUCAUGACAAUCAUCAAAAUUAUUAUGUUGUAAGAAUUUGUAUACCUUUUUGUAAAUAACUUAGGAUGUUAAUUAAUUUUAAUUUGUACAGAUAAUAUUUUAUCUUUUAAAUGACAAGA